ACACAAAAUUUAUUCUUGCAUUAUUUAAACGCCAAUUUCAAGACAGUGAAAGAACAUCUUCUGCCACUGUGACUGAACAAGUCUUUGCUUUCAUACUGUUUCUUCCAGCUUCCUUUAGUUACAGAGGGGGCUCUCUUACCAGGAAAAAAGAAAUUAAGUAUUUUAAACUGUAGGAAUCUAAAAUGUCCCUCAGUGGCAUAAAGAUUAUUUUAAGCUAAAACCAUCUGAACAAACAGCAGCCAUGAGAGCAGGAGGCGGGCGGACCUUAUCUAAACUUCUUUUGCUGAGUUAAGCAGGACCUCCCAGAAAAUACCAGCCACCAUAAUUCCCUCUCUGAAUGAUUUACAGCUGGAAAAAAAGACUAUUAUCACUGGAAUUAGUAAUUGCUUAAACUUUAUCUGAACCAAACUUUCCACUCGUUCUUCCAUAGAAGCCCUUUCUCCCCCUCCUUUCUCCUUAUUCAGUGGAUAUAUAAACUAUCUUUGGCUGAUUGAGUAGCCGUUUCAUCUAAAGGAUCCAGAGUGACUACACAAAUUUUGUCUUUUCUCCUAUUAAUAUGUCUACUGUCAGUUAAUUUGCAGACCCCCAAACACUGGACCCAAAUCGAAGGAGGAAAAAAUAUUUCCUUCCAUAGGGGAGAAGAUAAUUAUUUUCAUAAUCAUCACUAGGUACAUGACUGAGGCACCUAUAAUAAAAACAUACUAACAAGAGAAAAGCUCACAAACUUAAGUUUUACAUGACACAGGAGCCUUCAGAAAUGAAGACUCAAAGAAAUGGUGAAACUUGUGUAUUUUUAUGCUUAAAGAGUGGACAGUUGUACAGAAGUAUAAUUGGACAAAGGGGGUGUGAUCUAAUGGUAAUAAACUGGGGAGAGCUUAGCAACACUUGUUUGUUCACGUUCUUCUCGGUGUCCCUGUGUCUUCAGAGAUAAGGAUAUUGCUUUCUUCCAGGAAUAGGAAGGGCACCUCUGGAAUGAGGGUCUAUGGCCUACUUCAGGAAAAAGUCAGCUAGAUUUUAUGGCCUGUUUCAGGGCAAAAGGGCAGGGGAGGGUGAAAGUGACCUUGCUUCUGCUGUUUUCUCAAAUGCCAAGGUGCCAUAUUUUGGGGUAGCAUGCUCUGAACCUCAUCACUCCCAACAAAACAGGCAUGUACUUCAGAGAAUGGGAUAGAAGAACUGAGAAAUCAAAUGAGGUUUGUGGCGCCCAGAUAUUAAUAACAGCAGAAAGCAACUACCACUUCUAGGCUGGAGCGGCAAAGGGACCUCAAGGCACAUAGCCGAAGCUGCCCCCACAGAGAGCCCCUCCAGCAAGAAAUGGAGCCCCAGGGGAGAUGCACCAGUGGUCUGCUAGGCAGUUCAAGGCAGAAAGCAAUGUGGGAAAACUCUCCCUUCUUUAUUCUGCCAGGGUUCUCUAUUGGUCGAGUCUCACCCAAAGCCAGCUGACCCAGGAAUGUGGAAAAUGCAGAUUCAGGAGCUGGCCCCUGCAAGUCAUAGCAGGGCAGAAAAAGGGUAUGGAAUUGCUCUAACUGCAAACUGGCCAAGGACUGGCAUAGUAAAGGAUAGAAGUUAUGAUGUUAGAGUUGACAAAUAUUAGCAAUAGAGAGGACUGUUAGUCUUAUAUAUGUUUGUAUAAAUAGAACAUGAAUCUACAAGGUCAGCUUUAUGGGGACAUGGCCUGUGUAGCUGCACGGGGUUCCAUACUUGGUUUAAUGUUCUGCUGUCACUGUCUUGAAAGUUUUUAAUUUUUUUUUCUUUUUUGAGACAGGGUCUCACUGUGUUGCCCAGGCUUGUCUUGAACACCUAGGCUCAAGUGAUCCUCCUGCUUCAGCCUCCCAAAGUGCUGGGAUUGCAGGUGUGAGCCACCACGCCUGGCCGAAAACUCACAAACUUCCUUAAGUUUUACAUGACACAGAAGCCUUUAGAAAUGAAGACCCAAAGAAAUGGGGAAACUUUUUAAUUUUUGAACAAAGGGCUGUGUGAGUUUUCAUUUUGUACUGGGGCCCAUAAAUUAUGUAGCUAGUCCAGAGGAUCAAUAAUCUACAACUUAGAGUUGUGGAAUGCAGAGAAUGUAGCUCUGCUGUCCUCUUUUCUGGAUAGAACUAGGACAUUGGAGAAGUGGUGACCCUGAAGUUGACUUCAAGGGCUGGGCAAUAUUGUCAGCCAGGAUUCAGGGACAAGAGCACAUGGGUAGAAAAGGAAAAGGGAAAGGACUAGAAGAGAAGGGACUCUUAGGCACCCAUAGAAGGUCAUCUCAGUGUGGACUGAGAUGCAACCCAAUAGCUAUGAGUAAAUAUUCUGCUCCAUGUUCUGGUUUCCCAAGUAUGUGAGGUCUCCCACUAGGAAGACAGUCUUUUUUGAUAAAUGAUAAUGCCUUCCCUCUCCAGAUAUUGCCAUGCAUAAUAAGUAAAAUUAUGAUAAUCAUUUCACAGAAGAGAACAGAAGAUCCAAUGGAAACUUUUUAUAAAGACAUCUAACCUCAAGUUUUCCAUUUGAAAGCAGUUUGGUAUGAGGAUUUUAAAAGCUGUAAUAAAGACUAAAAUUUUACUAUGCAGAACCCUAAGUAUACAGUCCUUCCUCAAUGUCCACAGAGGGUUGAUUCCAGGACCUCUCUCAAUACUAAAAUCUGUGAUUCAGUUCCUUACAUAAAAUGUCAUAGUAUUUACAUAUAACCUACCCACAUCCUUCUGUAUACUUUAAAUCAUCUCUACAUUACUUACAAUACCUCAUACAAUGUAAAUAAUUGUUACAUUGUUUUUUAAUUUUGUAUUUUUAUUCAUUUUUUUCCCAAAUAUUUUUGUUAUACAGUUGGUUGAAUCUGCAGAUGCAAAACCCACAGAUAGGGAGGGACGACUGCACUUGAUUUUGGAAUUUCCUAUGCUACUAAGUUCUUCUCAUUCCUGUUCUACAAAUUGUUCAACAGUUAUGGGUCAUAAAAGUUUCAAAUUCCUGGGCCUAUAACCAACUUUAACACCAUCUGUCCUUAAAGUGGGCCGAAGGCAGUGGGUGCCUGCCAGUGGGCUCCAGGUUCAGACCAGAGGCCGGACUCUUGAAUUUUUAUCUUUAUUUUACUAACAUCCUAGUAGCAAUGUUUAUUUUGAAGGUAGUAAAUGUCAUAAUUCUAUAGAGUCUACCUUUUAAUAUAUAUUGAGGCCAGGUCUGGUGGCUCACACCUAUAAUCCCUGCACUUUGGAAGGCUGAGGUGGGAGAAUCACUGUAGGCCAGGAAUUCAAGGCCUGCUUGGGCAACAUAGGGAGACUCUAUCUCUAUUAAAAAAAAAAAUGAGCUGGGUGUGGUGAUGCACACCUGUAGUCCCAGCUACUCCUGAGGCUACGGUGGGAGCAUCACUUGGGCCCAGGAGGUCAAGGCUGCAGUGAGCUGUGUUCACACCACUGCACUCCUGCCUGGGUGACAGAGUGAGACUCUGACUCAGAGAGUGUGUGUGUGUGUGUGUGUGUGUGUGUGUGUGUGUGUUGUUUUUACUUAACAAAUCUAUUUAAUGUUUACAAUCAACUAGGCAUUAUUCUAACUGCUUUACAAAUAUUGGCACAUUUAAUUCUCAUGAGAACUCUGAGGACAUACUACUUCAUUUUACAGAUGAGGAAACUGAUAUAUAAAGUGAGGCAUAAAGUGAAUGUGGAAUGAGCCUGAAGUGCUUAUGAUAACUUUUUAUAAAUUCUGCUAGUCUUAAACUGAUUUUCCUUUUACUAAGGGUAUUUACAAAGAGAAAGAAACAAGGAUAAUUUCUGUAUCUUUUACACCUCUUUUACUUAAAUUCUAUUUUAUAAAAGCUCCUCAGAAUACUUGACCUGAGCUGCUCAUCCAAACUGCCAUAUUAGUCACACUCUAUGCAUCAUACCUACCAUUCUUUAAUGCAUUGUAUUCAAAUUCACCAGGUCCUUCUUUAAACACACAGAAAGCAAAGAUUAAUGGAAGGUAUCUGCACUUGGUUGGAAGGAAGCUACUAAGGGAGACACACAAGUAAAUAGUUGAACUGUGUGUUCGCAGACAGGAAGGAACACUUUACCCCUCAAAGUGCAAGAACAGUUGCAGGAAGGCUUCCUUGAUGGGUGAUCCUUGCAUGAAUCUUGAAGGGGAAAUACGUAGUUCACCAGGCAGACAAGCAAAGGAAGACUUUCCAGGACUGUCAGGUACAGAAGCACAAGCAUAACAAAAGUAUAUGAAAUCUGGGGAACUUCAGGUAGCAGUCCAACGUGGCUUAUGGGCAGGCUAUGUGUGGUGAUAAGACAUAAUUUUCAAAAAAGAGAAAAUAAUGGCUGUCAUGGAUGAACACGUAUUAGAUUAUAUUCUCCCAUCAGGCAGAUUUUAUAAACAUUGGUUCAAAGGAUAAGUCCAAACAACAAACAUUCUAGACCAGGAAUGAAAUGAAUGUGGAAAUGGAGGCAAAACUAGCUUCUUCCACAGUGAAAAUGGGAAGUCAAUUAAACUUCUAUUGGACAGAAUUUGGAUUUCUAUAGACCGUUAUUUUGUGUUGCUAUCGCUUAUCUAUAAUUUACAGAGUUGUAAAAUAACUCCCAUAGAAUCAGAAUCAGAUAAUUCAGAAGGGUGACUUCUAUGUAGUUUUCCAUCAAAGCACAACUUUUACCCUACAGUGGCAGUAAGAGAAAACUAGUUAAUUUUUCAGAGGCCACAUCAGAUAGGGUCGCAGAUACCACACCAGAGUUUGGAUUUCUGUUAGUUUUAGUCUUUGAGCAAAAGAAGUUCAUGAAGGGUCAAACUGAGAAGUGCUAGGAUCUCCUGUCAUCGGAGAGGCAUGGCCUGGCAAGGAGGUGGACGUUUGACUGGAAUAGCUCAAGGAUGGAUUCAGAGGCUUGAUGCAGUAGGUCAGUCAAGAAAGUCUGAGGGCCAGAGCCACGGUAAUGGCAAAUGGGAGAGUGGCUGACAAACAAAAUACAGUCAAGUAGAUCUAGUGAAAGUGGAUGUGAGGGAUGAAGUAGAAAGAAGGUUGUCUCUGAUGGUUUCUAGGUUUCUGGCUUAAACAAUUAGGCGCAUGGUGGCGAAUCCACCUAUGUGAAAGCAGCAAGCUUGUGAGGAGCGAUGAGCUGGUUUGCCCAUCUGAGUGUGAGGUGCCUGUGGAAUAUGGAAUAUCCAGGUGAAUAUAUCAGGAAGACAGUUAGACAGGGGCUUCUAGGAGACUUGGUGUGGAGUUACAAGCCACUGACAGUGGCCUUUGCGAGCAGCCAAGGCGCGAAGAGCAGCAGCUGGGAGAAUGAGCCCUGAACGGUUCCAGGAAGCUCAGCCUAGUGGAAGGGCCAACGGAGGCCUGUGAUGUGAUGAGCUCCACUACAGUCCCUUGCAAUGCAAUCGGGCGCGGCCACUGCCUCCCUCGGAGCUCCGCGAGAGGCCCUCCAAAAAGACGCUGGCACGGAACUCGCGGCUCUCCUGCCCGUUGGAUCCCGAAGCACCAGUCGGGGCCCCAGACACGAGGCCCCACUUCCGCUUACGCGCCCCACUUCCGCUUCCGGCCCCGGGCUGUGGUGACUGGCGGUGUGGGGUGGGUCAGAGGGCAGUAGGUACCUCCAGGCGGGAGCAGCGUUUGAACCGCGGUGGGUUCCUGCGAGCUGGUGCAGAGGGGCCCCGGCGGGCCGGCCCCGGGGCACAUGCGACGACCUCCACCCCUGGGCCCCACGACGGCCUCAGGGCCUGAAGGCAAUGUGCGAAACCUGCAGAAGCGGCAGGCGCCAGGGCCAGGCGCGGCGGGAGGCUGCGGCCCUGAGGCCGGGGGGCGCCGGGAAAAUAAGCAAAAGAGGAGAAUGGUGGCCCGGGCCACCCCUGGGAGAGGCGAGGUGGAAAGUGAUAAGUCGGUUGCAGCAUCAGGGGCUGGAAAGGCCGCAAGGCGUCGGGUGGAGGGGCGCAGGGGCCAGGUGAGCCCGUCAGACUCGUCAGACCCGCGAGGCCUAGAAGCAGCAAAGGAGGCUGAACUCCCCUUGCAAACGGAAAGACACACCAAGGAAAAAAGAAAAGUUACUGAAGCCUCAAGUGAUGAUCCACAGCCAGGGCUUGACUUGGUAAGAAAGGAAUCAUUAACCAGUUCGGAAUCUUUCCAAACAGUGGAAUGCUUGCAGUCUCUGGGUAAGGAAAGUAUAAUAGAAGGUAUUAAAAGAAGAAUUCGAAAUAAAAAACUUAAAAGCUUAGAAAACCCACCUCUCAAAAUAACCGAAAAUGAGGCUACACAAAAUAUUAAGGUUGAAUUCCAAGAUGAACUGUACAAGAAUACUCCAAAAUAUUCUUGUAACAUCUUGUCACCUGAAGUAGAAAAUAAUUCCGUUUUAAAAUUACGUGAUUGCAAUUGUUUCCCCCAUUCCAAGGGUUGUAAUGAUGAAAACAACCUGCCAUAUAAACCUGAUGGUGGAUGUAUGCAUGUAGCAGAAAAUUUCUCAAAGAAAGAAAACCUUAGGAGUCUUGCAGAGAAGAGUGAUACAAAUAGUAUUCCUCAGCUCUUACAAACAGAAGAAAAUGUAAUGGAAGUAAAUAAGUUACUACCAGAAGAGAGUGAUUUAUACCAAAGUAAAACCAAUGGCUUGCUUUCCUGCCUUCAACAUGAAAAAAAUAAAUAUUCAAUAGAGGAGAGCAGUGUUGGGCGAAAACCCAGGAAAAGGAUGAAGUUGUCUGAAAAAGCAGAUGAAACAGUUACUGAGAUGAACUUCUCUAAUGAGUAUAACAAGUCUGAGUUGAUGUUGCAAGAAAAUCAAAUGAUUGCUGAUGGUAAAGAAGCAGAGACUAAAAGUCCUUUAAAUGUUUUGAGAAAAGUAAGCCAUAAUACAGUCUCUUUGAUGGAUCAUUUAUUAAGUGUCCCAGAAACAGUAGAAAAAGAAACAAGUUCUGAACAUCAUGUAAAUGCUGUGUUUCAGAAAACCAUUGAACCACUUUUGAAAGAAGAAACAGAGAGUACUUCAGAGCCAUUAGGAUAUGAAAGCAUGGCAUCGAAAGAGGAUUUUAAAUCGAUGAAAAGCUUCAUAGGGAAAUCACCUAAUGAGUACCAUAUUGAAAGGAGAUCUUCACGGGAAGACUUAAGAAGUGCAUCUGAAGAAUUGAACUUAAGCUGUCAGAGAACAAUACCUAUGACUGGUAAAAGAACCUGGCCCUGUUAUUCAUGUGCUAGAAUAUCUGCCUGGUGUUGGAAAAAGGCUUCCUUGCCAGAAUCAAGUUACUUUUUUCCUGGGUCUCAGGAAAGUUAUAGGCAAGUUGAUGUCCCUAAACACCAAACAAACCAGACCCACUUAACUGACUCCAAAUUAUUAUUACAAAGUUCCUUAACAGAAACAAACACUGAAUCUUCAAGUAAAGAAAAAUUAGAUUCUAAUUCUAAUUGUUUGUCUUCAGUUUCUGCAGUAGAACCUACUUUAAUGGUUAUAAAGGAACCUAUAAUCAAGGAUGAUAAAAAGAUAAAAUCAGAGGAACUGAGCAGAAGUGGGUCAGAGGUAAUUUCUAACACUACUGAAGAUACUCAAUUAACCAGUGAGACUCAAAGCUUAACGGGAAAUAAAAAAAAAGCUAGAGGAAAUUUAAUGAAACUUAAUUUGACAGCGACUUCCAAAGAUGGUCAGGAAGCAAAUAACUCUGCAGGCAAAACUAUUCAUCGAAAAGCAUGCAUUGCUCAACAAACAUUUAUAGUUCCAGACUUGGUUAAAAUAUUGAACACAGGACGGCUGACUAAUUUUAAAAUUCCUUUACUUAAGAAUAAAACAGAAAAAAGAAAAGAAGUAAAUGCCAAGUCAUCAGAGAGAGAAGCUUACAGUCCUCUAGAACUUCUGGACAAUUUAUCUGGAGCAGACAUAAGACAGAACAGGAGUAAAGAAAAUGUCUCCAUGACGAUGUUAGGACCUCAAACUUUGAGCAUACGAAAUAGUGUAACUCCAGUGCAAGCUAGUUCUGACUCAUUCUACAAUAAGAAAUCCUAUAGUAUUUCUCCAAGCUUUACAAAGCAAGGUAACAAUAGCAAACCAUCUAAUCACGUCUCUGAACCAGGCAAUAUUGUUUCUAAUAAAGAAGUUGCUUCUCUCACAGUUGAAAAUAAUGCUUUUUCUUGUGAUCCUGGGUAUGUAGAGAAAAGUCCUUCCUUCUGCUGUAAUGAACAAGAAACAUUCCGACCAGUGUCCAGUGAAGUUAGGGGUAGAAAAAUAACUAAGAAUUUUUCAGAGGUAGGGUUUCCAGAUAUUCUUAAAGCAUAUGAAGAUGACAUCCUCUUAAUUGAUGUAAUUCAAGAUGACCCAGACCUCUUUGGAGUCUCCAAUGAAGGGGAGCUCUCAUUUACUUCUGAGGUCCCAAAGAUAAGCCAGGAGGAGCCCAAUGUUGCUGGAGAGCACCAAUCAACAGACUCCAAGUACAUGGAAACUCCAGUAAAAAAAGAACCAAGUGAUGACUUAAGAGAACUUCCUGUACUGGACUGUGGAUGGAUAAAGCCAGACAUCUGUGCUUCCAACUCAGCAGAAAGUGAAAUAAAACAUGAUCCCAAAGAUGUAAACACUUCCUUAGGAGAAGUUGCUAAUGAGACCUCUGAAAAUGAAACACUGGGAGACUUCAGUGAACAAAUAAAAGGUUCAGACUUGGAUGAAAAGCAUAGAUUUACAGACAAAGUGAUUACCAAAGAAGAAAAAGAAAAUAUUUAUGAAGUUUGCAAAAGCAAAGAUUCUAGAAAUGCAGACAUUAUGGUUGGCGAAUGUCAAUUUGCAGUACCAGUCCCGAAACCUCUGUGUUUAUUAGUACCUCCUUUGAAUCUAAGUGGUCGUCAAGAAGACACAAUACUGAAUACCUGGAUGAAUGAUUUCAGAUUUCUGGGAAAACAUUCUGUCCUAAAGCUGCAGAAUCCUGAAACUUGUGAAAUAUUCAAGAGGGAAAGAAAUGUGGGGGUGUUCCAGAAGUCCCUAGGGUUGAUGAUACCCUAUAAAUAUUGCAAAUUUCAUUUUAAUACAUUACGUGGCUGUGAGCGACCACUGUGCAAGUUUGCUCAUGUGCCUGAACAAGGGGAUGAAAAGGUUUGCAUGGAUGUGUUUAAGAAAUAUAUAAAUAUCAAUGAACUGUGUUUGCUACAGCGUGCAGUAAACAUAUUUAUGGAGUACUACAGAAAGUUUCCCCCAGGUGUAUACUUUGAUUUACAAGUGCUAAAUGACCUUCUAAAUUCUUUACUCAAACAUUGUUUGUUGAAAGAAGUAUUUCAGAUAGUGAACCUCAGCAUAAUGGUUAAAAUGCUGCCUUCUCUGAAAAUAUUACUAAACAUAUUUGAGUAUGUGGCAACUAUGAAAUUAAGGAAUGCUGUACCUGCUUUAAUUGAUAUCUUUUGCAAGCUUGUUGAAGCCGGGAUGGUGCUUGACCCAGAGCACUUUAACUAUAUUGUUAAGCUUUUAUACCAAGUACAAGCUUCCAAACAAGAAAUAACUGCAGUUCUGGAAAUGAAAUCCAGGUUACAGAUGAGACAAUUUAAAAAGAACUGGAAGUGUGAUUUACAUUCAGCCUUGAAUAAAUUAGAGCAUUGUAAAGAAAAAGGUGACUGGACCAAAUUGGGAAAAUUAUACAUUAACGUAAAAAUGGGCUGUGAAAAAUUUGCAGAUUUCCAGACAUUUUGUGCUUGCAUUGCUGAAACACUCACAAAAAACUAUGAAGAUGAAAGACCAGAUAUUCCCUUUUGUGAAUUUGCUGAAACAGUUAGCAAAGAUCCACAAAACAGUAAAGUAGAUAAAGGUGUACUGGGAAGAAUUGGAAUCAGUGCUAUGUGCUUCUAUCACAAGCUGUUGCAGUGGUCCAAGGGAAGGAAGGUCUUAGAGAAACUAUAUGAAUUAAAAAUACACUUUACAAGUUUAAAAGGACUUAUAGGGCCUGAGAAGUUAGCAUCAAGAUGUCAAAUUGUGAAUGUUGCAGCAGAAAUUUUUCUAAAAAGUGGAAGCCUAGAUGGUGCCAUUUGGGUAAUGAGGGAGUCAGAGUGGAUAAUCAAUACGCCUCUGUGGCCUUGUGAUAGACUGGAUGUGCUUAAUCGACAUAAUUUACUCUGUACAAUUGCACAUGAAAUCUUAGCCAAGAGCCUUUAUAGACAGACAUUUGAAGUUUUGCAGAAUCUACCAGGUUUUCAAAAUUCCCAAGAAACUGUGGAAGUCUCACAAUAUAGCCUUCUUUUUAAUAAGCUUCUAGGUUCCUGUAUAGAAAGCAGUAGUCUUGGUAUGUCAUCCUCUGUGGCAGAAUUCAUGAUUUCAAAGAGCAUCCCUAUUGAUUUUUCCUUUCUCAGAAGAUUAAUUACUUCUUUAGGAAGGAGUUGUUUAUGGCUCAAAGCCAGAGCCCACUACAAAAGUGCUCUUUCCUUGGGUUGCUACCCACCAUUGGAAGGAAAUUUAUACCGAAAACUUCUUCUAAUUCCAUCUUAUUUAUCUGAGAUUGAAAUGCUCUUAGCUAUUGAAAUCUUCAUGGUAUCUAAUGCUAGUAGUAUUCAGAGUCCUGGAACUUCUACACAGAUACUGCAGAUAGUUUUGAAAAGGUGUGAAGACAACCAGUCUCGGAGCAGUGAUGAUUAUCAAGCUGCAGUAGAAAGGUUAAUUAUGGCUGCUCGUAUAUCAGAUCCAAAGCUUUUCGUUAAACACAUGACUGUCAAUGUUAAUAAGGAACAGGUUUAUAGUUUGGAACAUUGUUCUGCCCUGAAAUGGUUAAAAGAGAAUAUGAAGUGGGCUGGAAAGGUUUGGCUUUUCAGUAACCAUUAGCUAAUAAAGUCUGCUCUUUUUUUUUUUUUAGUUCAAGUAAUCAUUGUUGAAAAUAAAAGGCAAUAAAAAUAGACAGUUUUCACUAUA